CGUGUUUAAGCUUUAAAGCGGCUAACUUGAUUAGCAUUCUGUGCUAUGAGGCUAACAGGCUCGCUGCGACUCCGCUGUGUGUUACAAUGGCAGCUAAAUGGAAACAACAGCACUGAUGAUGCCAAAGUAAAACAAUGCGUUGAGAUUAUUAAAACGAUAAUUAGUUAGUUUUAAGGGCCGUGCUAAUUAGCAGCCGGUGUGCUAACGGCUAGUUAGAGCUGUUAGCAACAACAACAACAACAACAACGCAGCUGUCAACACUGAAUUCAAAUUCAGAAACCGUCAAUUUACAGAAAUGGAAACAAACGCACCGAAACGACGAGAUAAUAAGAAAUCACUGCGUGUGAAAGUGAUCAGCCUCGGAAAUGCGGAGGUCGGGAAGAGCUGCAUUAUUAAACGCUACUGUGAGAAGAGGUUUGUUCCCAAGUAUUUGGCCACGAUUGGCAUCGACUAUGGUGUCACAAAAGUGCAGGUUCGCGACAGAGAAAUCAAAGUAAACAUCUUUGACAUGGCCGGCCAUCCUUUCUUCUAUGAGGUGCGUAAUGAGUUCUAUAAAGACAGUCAGGGCGUGCUGCUGGUUUACGACGUGGGCCUCAGGGAGAGUUUUGACGCCCUUGACAGCUGGCUCGGCGAGAUGAAACAGGAAAUGGGCUCUCAGGCCAACAUGGACAGCAUUGUGUUUGUAGUUUGCGCCAACAAGGUGGAUCUUACGAAGCGGCGUGUGGUGGACGAGGGCGAGGGCCGCCUGUGGGCGGAGUCAAGAGGGUUUCAUUACUUCGAAACAUCGGCACAGAGCGGCGAGGGCAUCAACGAGAUGUUUCAGGCGUUCUUCUCAUCCAUCACCGACAUGUGUGAGAACGGCGGGAAGCGCCCGGUGUCCGAGGUCAGCGUCGGCUUCACCAAAGAGCAGGCGGACACCAUCCGACGCAUCCGGAACAGCAAAGACUCCUGGGAUAUGCUGGGCGUUAAACCUGGUGCCACACGGGAGGAGGUAAACAAGGCGUACAGGAAGUUGGCGGUCCUUCUGCACCCAGAUAAAUGCGUGGCUCCUGGCAGCGAGGACGCUUUUAAGGCGGUGGUGAACGCUCGCACCUCACUGCUGAAGAACAUUAAAUAAGAAACCUACAGCUGAAACAGUUUGGACCUCUCAGACACAGACUGAUCAACAACAACAGUGUUUAUUUAUUUAUCUCUAUAUUUAUUUAUUUAGCGUAAAGGUCUUGUGUGCCAUGUUGCUCGCCACAGUGCUGUAUGCCAACAUACCGUUUAUGAGCAGUUUGAACUUAUUUGUGACAUUUUAUCUCCAAACUGAUUUCUGUGUCGUGUCGGAGCGUACGGAGGAUGAUCCGGGCCACAUGGGGAAAAGAUUACUUUGGAGAUUAAAUUCAAAAUUCGGGAAUAUUAGUUAUAGUUAUUAGAAGAAAAUAUGUUUAAGGUCUUCUAAAAUGUCAGAAUUAUCAGAUAACAUUUGAAUUCUCCAAAAAAUGUAAUUCUUUCAGAAUGUGAAAGGUGUAAAAGAUGAGAUAUUGAUACUUUAAAAUGAAAAAAUAAAAAAACAUAACAUUUGUAUUUCAGAGAAUUACCUUAUAAUACUGUAAGGAUUCUGGAAUUAAAGUCCAGAUUUUUAUAUUUAAAUCAAAUUUGAAAUUAAAAGUCAAAUACAGAUUUUUAAAUCUGAAUUUAGAGAUUAUUUUAGUUAUAGUUUUUAACUCUAAAACUGAAGUUGUUUAUUCUUAAUAACUUUUUUUGAUUUUAAAGUCACAAUUCUCGGCGGGGAAAAAGAUAAGAUUGUUUCCGAAAUAUGUAAUUCUGACAAUAUAAGUAAAGUCUGAAUAUGAAACAUUUUAAAGUAAUGUUAAAUUAAAAGGAGAAAAAAAAAGUAAAUUCAAAAAUAAAUUCAAAUUCUUUCAAAAGUCGAAUUUUUGAAGAAAAUAACUGAGUUGAAACUGACGUUUACAAUUUAAAAUAAUUUUAGUUUUGACUUCUAUCCUCUGAAUUCUGAGAUUAAUCUCAAAGUGAAACAUUUGACCCACAUGGCCUUUGUCCUGUUCUGAAUGCUUUAACCUUUUUUUGUUAAAGUGUGAAUGUGUUUCACGUCCUCAUAAUUCCUGUUGAUGUUGCUGAUGUCAGCAGAGCGGCAGGUCAGAGGUCAGUGUUAAAUAUUAAAAAUAAUCAAAGUUAAAUCCAGUCAGUUAACGUUACGAACGAGUGUAGAUCAAAGUUUUAUUAAAUGUCGCUUUUAUUCGGGAUGAAUUAAAAACAUUUAAAGCUCCGUAUUAAUCUUAAUGAUCCCGUUUUUUAAAUCCUUGUUGCCAAAUCAAUAGAAGUUAAAGUUGUGACGUAAUCAAAACGCAUGUUAAUCUUGAACUUUUGUACUUUCCAUGUGACCAAAUGCCCGUUCCUCCUCUGGCUGAUGACUAAGUGACUAAUUUGUGCCCUGUUCUGCUCUCUAAUUAUUAUUUUUUCCUUCCUUAUUUGUCAAUUUGUGCCAUUACAUUAAGAACAUGCUCCAUCAAUCUGCAAAUUUUGCCCUAAUUGCUAUAUUUUCUCAAAUAACCGUUUCCCCCAGAUGUUGCUCAUUUGUUUCUUUUCCAUUUGUAAUUUUUGCUAAUUUGGUCCUUCAGAUUUCUACUUUUUGUUUAUUUAUUUAUUUUUUAAAUUUGUGUUCUUCAUACUCAAAAUGUUCCCUCACAUUACUAAUCUGUUCCCUGAAGUAGCAAGCAUGUGCACUGACAUCCAUUUGUCUCAAAUAAAAAAAUGUCAUUUGUGCCAUCAAACAAGAAAUUAGUUAGUUCUUUAAUUAGUCGUUUGUCCUUAAAUUGUUUCCAUUACAUUUAUUUCUGAACUUGUGACUUGUUUUUUAUAAUUGAAUCAAACUUGCAAAAACUUCCCUUUAAAUUUAAAUGGUUCCCUCAUACAUAUUUGUCUCCACACAAAAAAAGUUGUUAAUUUAUGUGACGAAUUGUUCCUGCAAAUUGCUAAUUUGGCCACUCUGGUUUUCUAUUUUUUGUUGAAAUUUGUACUUUUUUCUCUUAAACCUGCCCAUUGAAAACAUUUUCACUUAAGUUGAACAUUAAGUCUUUAAUUAAUAUUUUGUUUCCUUAUUUGUGCCUUCAGAUUUGUUUCAUUAGAUUUAAACUCAACUUGUUCCCUUUAGUGACCUUUUUUUGUUUAAUCAAACUGUUCCCUUAAAUUGCUUAUUUGGCCCAUCAGAUUUUUUCUAAUUUUUUGUUGGAAAUGUUAUUUUCCCUUAAAUAGAGCAUUUGAUUUGUCUUAAAUGAAAAACAUUUUCUCUAAUUAAUUCGCUUAAAUGAAUAACUUCAACAGGUUAAUAAUUUUACGAGAUUUGUGCCAUAACACUGGUAAUUAGUUCCCUUAAAUUUCUAUUACAUUUUUCUUUAGAUUAAGAUGAAUUACUUUAUUAAUCCCGCAAUUUGGAAAUUCAACCUCUGCAUUUAACCCAUCCUUCUUUAGAAGGGAACACACCAUGCACAUUACUCAAGUAGUAUUUAGUUCCCUUGUUUUUGCCCACAGGUUUGUUCCAUUACAUUUCUACUUAACUUGUUCCCUUAAGUGUCCUUUUUUUUCAAAUUGCAAACAGUUCCCUUAAAUUGAAAUAGUUCCCUCAUCCUAAGAAAGUGUUCCCUUAAUAACUAAGUUGUCCAGUUAGGUGAUUUUUGCACUUGGCAUUUUCUUCUAAAUGUGUAAUCUGUUAUAGUGUCUGUUUCUUUUACUUAAAUCUUUUUAGUGAAUUCGGUUAAAAAAAAAAAAAAGAUUUGUUUUCCUAGAAGUUCAAAUAUUUUUUCUUCAUAUUUUAAAAAAUGAUUAUUUACCUGAAGAUAUAACCCUUCACAUUUUCAAAUAGUUUACAAACUAAUUUAGACAUCAGUUUUGUCCCUUCAACGCUUAUUAAACAGCAUUUUGUAUAAACAGGAACGUUUACAUAAAGGCCAGAUGUUGAACUGAAAGACACAAAUCUGUUUAGCGACCUUUAACGACUAUAUACGGUCAACAUAAAGCAGAAAAAAUUGUUUCAUAUUAAAAAGAGCUGAAUGGCAGCAUGAAAAUGUUGUUAUAGUUUAAUAUUUUCACAUGUCAGAUCUAUAAAUGCUGUGGUUCCACUUGUUGCUUUAAUUUGAUUUUCAUAUAUUUUUAAAAUUUGAGUGUUAGUAUCUUUUUUUAAAUGCUUUAAUUGAUGAAUUUAAAGUUAUUUAAAUCUUAUACAGCAAAAUAUUUGUUUUUCCUCUCAUAGACCACAUUUCCUAUCAACCCUGUGGCUUCGUUUGUAUUGACAUAUACAGAUAACUAAAUGAAUAUGCAUAUUUAUUUAUUUAUUAUAAACUAACAAAAAGAGCAGCUUCCAUUUAGUUUGCAUUAAAUAUUGCUAAACACAAUUUUAAAAAUAUAAGUUAAGAAAAUUGAACAGUUUAAUAUAUUGUUAUAUUUUUAGAAAUUACUUUAAAAAAAUAAAUAUGAAUUAAAAUGAAAUAAAAGCGGUGCAUUUGGAAAAGUCACAAUGAUUGACGUUUGAAAUGUAAGAUAUUUUUAUAAAAACAAUUUGGACACAAACUCAAUUAAUCAAUUUUGGGGGAAAAAAUGCUGAAUUAUUGAUUGUAAAUUAAGAAAAGGAGCAGCUUCAAUUUAGUUUGCGUAAAAAUACAGUUUAAAAAAUGACGAGUGGAGACUUUUUUUCAAAUACGUUAAAUUCAAUUUCCUGCCUCUUUGCACAUCAGUGUGUUCUGUAUUAUAAGCACAUAUUAUUUAUUUUGUACAGUGAAACACUGAUUGACAAUGAGACUGUGGUUCUUCCAUCAAUCAGUGAAUUAAUUCCACAGUUUGACCUCUGUACCUCAUGACUGUUACAGUCUCACACCUUAAUCAGCUGACUUGUCCAUGAUGCGUUUACUGUCUCCUUCUUUAACGUUACAUUGACAAUGACACAGAAGAAGAACAUUUUACCCUCUGCAGCUUCAAACUUUAAACAUUUUGAAGUUUGAGGAAGGAUUUUCUUUUGGGUUAGGGUUUGUGUGUGUGUACAGUCUCACUGUGGUUCUUGUAAGUGCACGUUUUACUGGAUUGCUUUUUUAAUAAUUAAAAGACAAAAGUUAUUUCU